AUGGAAAACUACGACGAUUAUGAUUCCAACGACUUUCAUUGUUGUGAUAGUGAUACAUCUUAUGUUGAAUCGAAUGAUGCUCAGGAUCAUAAUUAUUUGGUAUCUAGUGGGUAUCAAACUUCAGAUGAUGGAGAUGGCACUGAUAAUAUUCACAAUGAUGAUUUGGUUGAAGUAUAUGCAUUUGUAGGUGAUAGAUUGACUAAUAUUAAUUCCAUUACUGCUGAUGAAAUUCGUGCUAUGGAAUUUGAUACAGUUGAUGAUGCUUAUGAAUUUUAUUAUCAAUAUGGUAAAUGUAAAGGCUUUGCCUUUAGGAAAAGUGAUGUUAGGACAAGAGGGUCUGAGGGUAGUAAAAUAACAGUAAUGAGAAAAUUGGUAUGUAAUAAACAUGGUUUAAGAGAGAAGAAACACUUAAGUAUGGUUGAUAGGAAAAGAUAUCACAUACGUUUGACCCGUACUAAAUGUAAGGCUAGGCUUCAUGUGCACUACAAAGCCAACAAGGAUAAAUAUGUAGUGUCCGUUUUUGAAGAGCCUCAUAACCAUGAUGUUAGGCGACGAAAACAGUAUCUAGAGGGGGGGGGGUGA